UCUGACUGGUACAAGGAGGUUUAAAUAGAAGACCGAGAUAACAGCAGAGAGGCGUCGCUUUCUGCACUGAGCAAGACAUUCAUUCAAACAGAACCUCAAACUUUGAAAAGCACCGCAGCAGUUAUGGCGCAAGCUCUGGACAUUGAGCGCUGGAACCUGGAGUGCUUGUUCAACAACACGGACCAUCGCACUGACCUCAACGGAGUGGAUCGACUCAUCGUCCGGAGAGGCCAGCCUUUCACCGUCAGUCUGUAUCUUCGGUCUGGGAGCUACCAGCCGGGCAUCAGCUCUCUUGACUGCAUCGCAGAAACCGGUCCUCAGCCCUCUGAGCAGUAUGGCACCAGGGCCCGUUUUGGUCUCUCUUCUAGCAUGGACACGUCCACCUGGAGUGCUACGGUAACCAGCCCCCCUGGGGACAUGGUGGCCCUGUCUAUCUGCUCUUCUCCCAAAGCUCCAAUUGGCCGCUACACCCUUACCCUGGGCCAAUCAGAGAAGAUUGAGUUCGUUCUUCUGUUUAAUCCCUGGUGUCCAGCGGAUGCAGUGUACAUGGACAAUGAGCAGAAUCUGGCAGAGUAUGUGCUUUCUCAGGAUGGGAUCAUCUUUCGAGGCAGCAGCAAACACACCAUACCCACUCCUUGGAACUUUGGCCAGUUCGAAAGUGGAAUCCUGGAUAUUUGUCUGAGGAUUCUGGAUAUGAAUCCCAAAUGUUUACGAAAUCCUGGAAAAGACUACUCAGGGAGAAGAAACCCCAUCUACGUAACCCGAGUGCUAAGUGCCAUGGUGAAUUGCAAUGAUGAUAAAGGAGUCUUGCUGGGAAAAUGGACAGAUGGAUAUGAGGGAGGCGUCAGUCCCUUGGUUUGGCGUGGCAGUGUGGAGAUUCUGCGAAAUUGGGACACACAGUCCUGUCAGCCUGUUCGUUACGGACAAUGCUGGGUGUUUGCUGCCGUGGCCUGCUCUGUUUCCAGAGCAUUGGGCAUUCCUUGCCGAGUCAUAACCAACUAUCUGUCUGCCCACGACACCAACAGCAACCUGGUGAUUGAGCGUUACGUCAAUGAAAAUGGGGAACUCAUUCAAUCCAGAGAAAUGAUCUGGAAUUAUCACUGCUGGGUGGAAAGCUGGAUGACCAGACCUGACCUCAAGCCUGAUUUUGACGGGUGGCAGGCUAGUGACCCCACACCCCAGGAGAAGAGUGAAGGAGUGUAUUGCUGCGGCCCCAUCCCUCUCAGGGCCAUCAAGGAGGGAGAGCUUGCGUUCAAGUACGACGCCCCGUUUGUUUUCGCUGAAGUCAAUGCUGAUGUUGUCACAGUGAUGAAGAAAAAGGACGGCAGCACUUCAAAAGUUACCACAAUUGGAUUGGUGGGCCAGAUGAUCAGCACCAAGAGCGUUGGCAGUGACAGCAGAGAGGACGUCACUCACCUCUACAAGUACCCUGAAGGAUCUGAUGAAGAGCGCGAAGCAUUCAAGAAAGCCAAUCACCUAAACAAGCUUCUCCAAGAGAACCCAGACCCGGGUCUUCACGUUACCAUCAAAGUUACAUCUGACAUGAGGAAGGGCUGCGACUUUGACGUGUUUGCUGUUGUCACUAACAACACCGAAGAAGAGAAGAAGUGUCGCCUGGUGUUUGGGUCCUGUGCUGUGUCCUACAACGGAGUUUUGGGGGGGAAUUGUGGUUUUAAAGACCUGCUCAAUGUGCAGCUCCCACCAGGUGCAGAGAGGCGAGUUCCCCUAAGGCUGAAUUACUCAAAGUAUGGGGACCAAGUCACAGAGGACAACUUAAUUCGGCUGGCAGUUCUACUGCACAACUACUCCACAGGAGAGGCCAAACUGGCAAUGAGAAACAUCGUGCUGGACAAUCCUGAAAUCAAAGUCAGAAUUCUGGGUGAACCAAAGGAGAACCGGAAGCUGGCUGCAGAGAUCAGCCUCCAGAACCCUCUGCCAGAGCCGCUGGACAACUGCUGCUUCAGCAUUGAGGGGGCCAACCUCACUGGAGGAAACAUCAUUUCCGAGAGGUUGGGCUGCACGGUGGGACCAGGGGAAGACGCCAAAGUUAAAAUCUACUUCACUCCGACCCAUUCUGGCUUGAGGAAACUGGUUGUCGACUUCGAUAGCAACAAGUUGUGCCACGUCAAGGGCUACAGGAAUGUCAUUAUUGGAAAAUAAAGUAUUAUAUAGACCUGAAUUUGGAAACAUAUUCCAUCUGUUUUUCUAUCUAUAUUCAUGCUUUUCCAAGCAAAUGUAAACUCUUUUAUUUCUACCAACUAAAAAAGCUUUUUUUCUCAUUUUUUUUCCUCUUCUCUUGUUUAUGUCAUUCCUUUAAGCUUCCUGUUGAAUAAGUUAGCGGAGAACUUUGUUACUCAAGGCAUAUAUUUUAAACUCUAUUUCUAUUUUUCUCACAGUCUAAAGCAAUGAUUAGCAUCGCUUCAGAUGCUAUUAGGACUUACCUUUUUUAAAAGUUUCUACAAUAAAAGUCCUGUCUACAACAAAUCAAAAAUUGUGAGAGCCUGAAUACAGAUUUUACAAAGAGUGAUAACUGUUGCAGCAUCUGAUGCAUAAACAUUUUGAUCAUAUUUCGGGAACAGUGAAAUAAACACGAAUCAUUAUCUAAUGGGA